CAGUUGGAGAGUUUCGUGUGUUUAGCAACGUGAAAUGUACAAUACCUGGUUAGUCAUUGCAUCAAUUACAAUUGUCGGAUGCUUAUGGAAUUCGAAACUAUCUGAGUCAUCAUCGAAAUCAUGCCCAACUGAGUGCAUCUGCUUAUCCCAGACACAAGUACUUUGCAAUACUGGUGGACUUGAGAAGAUUCCAUUGCGACAAUUACCCCCCACCGUUGAAAAUCUCGCAUUGACCAAAAACAAUUUUCCGGUCAUAAAGCCCGAUUCAUUUGCAGGAUUACGAGCACUGAAGAAACUUUCGCUAGACGGCAAUAAUAUAACCAAAGUCAAACAGUUUGCAUUUCGUGGCCUGCCACGGCUCAAGGAGUUGUCAAUUCAGUAUACGCCCCUGCAAUCGGUUACAUCAUUUGCAUUUGCUGGACUCCAGAAUCUUUCGACGAUUCUACUAAGUCACAAUCAGAUUUCACGCAUCGAAACACAUGCAUUUGCUGGAACAUCCAAUGUUAAGCUGAUACUCUUGAGCAACAACCCCCUCAUCAAGAUAGACACAUCGGCCUUCUCGAGUCUAACUAAUGUGGGGCAUGUCAUAUUCCCCUCGGGCAUACGCACUAUCGAACCGGAUGCAUUUAACGGCAUGGACACAGUGGGCUUACUCAAACUAGCCUAUAUGGAUUUGAAGGAGGUGCAACCGUUCACAUUUCGUGGCCUCACAAAUGUCCUGCUUUUGACGCUACAAGAAUCUGACCUGGGAGUUAUCUGUACCGAUGCCUUUACUGGUCUAUCCCAGGUGGAAACACUGCAAAUACUCAACAAUAAAAUCGAUGCCAUAGAGGAGCUGAAUUUCACCUACACUGCCAACAUAAAACAUCUGAAAAUGCAUGGCAAUCACAUACUGGAGACACCUGACCCAAAUGGGAUAAUUGUCGACGGCGUGGAACAUCUGCAGCUGAUAAAUAAUCAUUUUCCUUGUGGUUGCCACAUUCACACCCUGCUCGACGGGCCACUGGUGGAGGGCGCUCACAAUCUCACAGAAUUCCUACAGAAAAACUAUUGUAUAUCACCGUUGGACGUGAAUGGCCGUGCAAUGAUUGAGCUUGAUAUAGACUCGAUUGGCCGUUGCCAGGACCAGUUGACAAAGGGCAACCUGGGGUCAUCGGCCCCCUCAAUGGCCCUAAGCAUGUACACUCUUGUGCUGAUAUCGCUUACAACGAAUCGUUUUGUGAAAUACCUUGUGUUCUUGUUAGUCCUUGGGUCCAUUACCGUGCCACAUGACACAUUUAGUUGA